CCGCCAAAGUGGUCUAGGGUUCGUCGUUUCGCCUAGAUUGCUUGCCGGAACAGGACCCCCCCAAAAACCGCCACCGGCUUUCUCUCGCUCUCGCGUUCAGGUCCUCUCGAUUUCGCCCCGUCCUUCUCCUCUGAUCCGAAGGCGAAUUGCGUUUUCUUGAAGAAUAAAGAGAGGUGCUGAAGCUAGUCAGAAAUGGAAGUAGAUGCACUGAAGGAUGAAUUCAAUCGUGUUGUUAAAAAGCAGAAACUUGCAUCGUCGAGAACUAUAGAUUUGGUAAACCAAAUCGAGAAAGAAAUUGAGCAGGCUAUCGGUGCUAUCCAAGAAAAUGGCACAGAUAGGGAUGCUGCAUCAAACCUGAACCAUGAAAUUCUUACCAAUCUGAAGAAUACGCUGAAAGAGUUGGUUCCAGUGAAGCAACUUGAGAGCUGCCAGAAAGAAAUGAACACUGCACUCGGCAAGUGGGUCAAGACCACCGAGAAAUUCUUCAUCAAUGAUAUUUCAAAAGCUUACAAGAAUGUCGACAUGGAACCACAUGUACUUAAUGAGAUUAUUGCAAACCAUCUAUACCGGGAGGCAUUAUUUGACAUAGGUGACAACUUUCUAGGAGAGGCCAGUUCCUUAGCAUCUAUAAAACUGAAACAACUGUUUCAGGAGAUGUAUGAGAUUUUUGGUGCGCUGCGGACUGAGAAAUCUGAGCCAGCUCUGAGUUGGGCAAUGAAAAAUCAUGAUGCACUACUGCAAAACGAUUCCUGUCUCGAGCUUAAGCUUCACCAGUUGCAGUUUGUUGAGAUACUCAAGCAAGGAAAAAGAGAUGAGGCUCUUCAGUAUGCUAGGACAUACCUCGCGCCAUUUGCUACCAUACACAAGGAUGUAAUCCAGAAGCUGAUAGCCUCCAUAUUAUGGGCCGGGCGCCUUGACCAGUCACCAUAUACAGAGUUCUUAGUACCAACUAACUGGGAGAAGCUAGCUGAGGAGUUCGCUCAACAGUUCUGCAAUCUGAAGGGUCAAUCCUCCACAGGUCCUAUGGGCAUGACAGUUGCAGCUGGAGCUGAAGUGUUGCCAAUUCUUCUUAAACUGAUGACGGUACUAACUGCAAAAAGGGAGUGGCACUCUAUGAAGGAAUUUCCUUUCCCAUUGGACCUCCGCAGGGAUUUUCAGUUCCACUCAGUGUUCAUCUGUCCUGUGCUUCGUGAGCAAGGUAGUGAUGAUAAUCCUCCAAUGCUUCUUCCAUGUGGGCAUGUCUUGUCGAAGCAGUCGACUGUGAAAUUAUCAAAGAGCAGCUCCCGGUCUUUCAAAUGCCCAUAUUGCCCGUUCGAAGCAUUGGCAUCUGAGUGUAAGCGGCUUUAUAUCUGAGGAUUUCUUACUCUAUGAUUGGCCAUUUGUGUGCACCAGCCUUUGCUAUCUCUUUUCCUGUCAACGGUGCUACGUUCUUUUAUCACCUCCCUGAUAAUGUCAAAUUUUCGUUGACACUUGCAAAGGUAAUAUGUUAUACUCAGGGUGCUCAACUCUGCUCAUGUCUUGUAUAUAGAGUAUGAAAGAGAUGUAAUAAGAACACAUUGGAUGAUUGAUUCUCUUUAUAGGGCCAUGGGGUGAUUUAACUGUGUUUGAUUGACUUGGAA